GUGGCUAACACCGGAAGCGGGAGGCGUGGCCACGUGCUGUCUGGUACCGGAGGAGGGAGCGGCGUUGGCGGCGGGGCCGAGCGGGGGGCGGCGGGUCCGCUCCGCUCCCGGUUCAUUAUGAGGCGGCCGUAGCGAUGCAACGAGACGGGGAGGCGGCGGCUGCGGCCUCUUACCGGGUGCUCAGCCGCCUGCUCGGUUAUGGGGCCGGGCAGGAAACGGGAGCGGCGGGCGGCCCCGGUAACGGAGCGGUGGUUGUAGGGUUACAAGGCCCCGGUGGAGUGAGGCUGCCGGUACCCGCACCGGGAGGGGCCGCUCGGCCGCCGCCGCAGCUGAUGGUGUUCAGGAAUACGGCUGAGAACCGGACCGGGAACGAGGAGGAGGAGACAACGGGCGGCGGGGAGGGACCGGAGGGUGGAACCGAGCUGCUGUGCCCGCGGCAUCGUUGUGUGUUAGAGCCUAAAGGGGCAACCGGAGCCGGUUAUGGGCCGCCCGGGGGGCUGGAGCUGCAGCUGGCCGCCCUCGGGUUGAGGGCACCGGGAGCGAAAGGCCCCGCUGCGUGUCCGUGUGUCGGUCCGCCCGCUGCUGAAGAGACGAGCGACGCGCUGCUGGUGCUCGAAGCGUUGGAGCCCGAUGAAACCGAGAGCUGCUCCGAGGAUGAACCGGGCAGCCCCGCUCAUAACGAAUCGUUGGAGCCGCCCCGAGGAGCCACAGCAAGGAGAGCAGCGAUGCCCGGCCCCGGUGCUGCGGGAGGAAGGAAGGGAUCGCUGAGGGUUCGGCUCAGCCGCUUGUUCCGCACCAAGAGCUGCAGCGGAGGGUCGGUACCGGGGGAUGGGAACGGAGGGAACCGGCGGGGAACGGAGCUGACGGGCUCGGCUCAAAGCCUGAGCGACGGCGGAGGGGCCCGGGGCCGCGGGCAGGAGGAGGGAAGGAAACACAGACUGACAAGAACUCAAAGUGCCUUUUCCCCGGUUGUUUUCAGCCCCCUCUUCACAGGUGAAACAGUGUCUCUGGUGGACGUGGACAUCUCUCAACGAGGACUCAGCUCCCCUCACCCUCCGACUCCACCACCUCCUCCACGCCGAAGCCUCAGCCUGCUGGAUGAUAUCAGUGGGACGCUGCCUACAUCUGUCCUAGUGGGUCCGAUGGGGUCUUCCCUGCAGUCUUUCCCUCUGCCUCCGCCUCCUCCGCCCCACGCCCCAGAUGCCUUCCCACGGAUCGUUCCCCUCCGACCAACAGAACCAGCACCCACCCAGCCCACCCCACACCUCCAGUGCCCGCUGUACCGCCCGGACUCGAGCAGCUUUGCAGCCAGCUUACGAGAGCUGGAGAAGUGCGGGUGGUAUUGGGGACCAAUGAACUGGGAGGACGCAGAGAUGAAAUUGAAGGGGAAACCAGAUGGAUCCUUCCUGGUACGGGACAGUUCUGACCCCCGUUACAUCCUGAGCCUCAGCUUCCGAUCGCAGGGCAUCACCCACCACACCAGGAUGGAGCACUACAGAGGGACCUUCAGCCUGUGGUGCCAUCCCAAGUUUGAAGAUCGCUGCCAAUCCGUGGUGGAGUUCAUCAAGAGAGCCAUCAUGCACUCCAAAAAUGGGAAGUUUCUCUAUUUCCUCCGAUCCAGGGUUCCAGGUCUCCCUCCGACACCCGUCCAGCUCCUGUAUCCCGUCUCCAGGUUCAGCAAUGUUAAAUCUCUCCAGCACCUUUGUCGCUUUCGGAUCAGGCAGUUGGUCCGGAUCGACCACAUCCCUGAGCUGCCGCUGCCCAAGCCCCUCAUCUCCUAUAUACGCAAGUUCUACUACUACGACCCUCAGGAGGAGGUGUACCUGUCAUUAAAGGAGGCUCAGCUCAUCUCCAGACAGAAACAAGAUGCUGAAUCCUCCACGUAGCGGGGCCACAUCACCUUCCUUGCUGUCCCUGAUGGAAUAUGGUGAUGCCAUCCAGCCCCACCUUGGGCUGCAGUGGGGAUGAGACCCACGAAGGUGCAGCUCUGCUUCCAAGGAGAGAAAAGAGGCUCCAACGUUCCCACCCACCCACCAAGCACAGCAGGAAGGGACCCCUGGCUUGGGGGGGGGGGUUGGGGAGGGGGCUCAGAGCCCCCAUGGACUCCAUGCAGAACCAAGAAUGUCGUGGCACUAUAUAGGGACUUUUCAGAA